AUGGCUGCCGUGGGCUGCAUCGUGAAGCUGGGGGGCAGCGCGCUGACGGAGAAGAACCAGCUGGAGACGCUGCGGGCCGAGUCCCUGCCGCGAGCCGCGGGCAUCGUGCGGGGGCUGUGCGGGGCCGGCGCCGGGAGCUGCAUUGUGGUGCACGGAGCAGGCUCCUUUGGGCAUUUCCAAGCGAAGGCAAAUGGCAUGGCCUCAGGAUCGCCAGCGGGCUCGGCCGGGAGCGAGGCCCUGCGACAAGGGCUGUGUCUGACCAGGCUCUCCGUUACGAAGCUGAACCACCUGGUGACGGAGCAGCUGGUAAAGUGCGGCGUCCCAGCGGUGGGCAUUUCGCCCUUUGGCGCCUGGAGGACAGCAGGCAAGAAAGUCAGCCAGGCUGGCAUUUCUGCCAUAAGGGACGCCUUGGAUGCUGGCUACAUCCCGGUCGUGCAUGGGGACUGUGCUCUGGACUCUGAACAGCACUGCUGUAUCUUAUCAGGGGAUGCUAUCAUGGAGGUUCUGUCCAGGGAAUUCUCCCCUCAGCGAGUGGUUUUCUUGACCAAUGUCAGUGGAAUCUAUGACCGUCCACCUGAUACCCCAGGUGCCAGACUGGUGGAUUCCAUUUCCGUCAGCCCUGAUGGAAGCAUGGACCCCCCUGUGCUCACAUCUGCCCUGCCACACGAUACCACUGGGGGAGUCUCCCUGAAGUUACUGGCUGCGGUCAACAUAGUCAUCCAGAGUCACGGAGCCAUCCCAGUGCUGAUCUGCAAACUGGACAGCGAAGCCGCUGAAAGAGCAUGUUUAACUGGGGAGCUGGGAGUGGGUGAGGGCACGAGACUCUCCCUUGCAACAGCCUGA